UGUGUAGCUCACUAAAUACUGUUCUGGAGGAUGGCCUCUCCUAUAGCCGUGAGAAGACUGAGACAAGACUACCUCAGAGUCAAGAGGGACCCAGUGCCCUAUGUAGACGCCAAUCCUCUGCCUUCAAACAUCCUGGAAUGGUAUUAUGUUGUCAAGGGACCUGAAGACUCGCCCUAUCACGGUGGUUUCUACCUAGGCAAGCUGGUGUUCCCCAAGGAUUACCCAUUCAAGCCACCUAGGAUCAUGAUGAUCACUCCCAAUGGCCGCUUCCAAACCAACACACGGCUCUGUCUCUCCAUUAGUGACUUCCAUCCUGACACCUGGAACCCAGCCUGGUCUGUGGCUACUAUCCUCACUGGUCUGCUCAGCUUCAUGCUUGAGACCACGUCCACAGUGGGUAGUAUCCAGACUACAGUGGAGACCAAGAAGAGUCUGGCAGUGAGCAGCUGGGAUUACAAUCUUAAACACACACUCUUCACACAGCUCUUCCCCACCUCCUGUGAGGAGAUAAAGAAGGCCAAGGCAGAGUAUCAGGCCAACUUGGCACAUCCAGAAACUGUCCUAGUUCCUCCGAACCAUCUUAGCUCUAAUCGGCAUCACCAUGGUUACUGCACUGGAACGGCAUCAAACGUUCUCUUAUUUGUUGGAGUGAUACUAUUCGCUGGACUAGUUAACCUCCUACUGAAGUCUGUACCUUGACCUUUGUUAAUAUUGUGCUCAUCUUUCUCACACAAAUCUGAAUGUUUUUACACGCAUAAACUUUUUUCUUAUAAAAUUAUUGGUUAAGUACUUCAGAAGAACAGCCGAUGAUGAUGAUGAUUGUUAUUAUUAUUAUUAUGCAAAAUGAAA